AUGGUGGAUAACAGUUUGGUGGUUCCCUACAACCCAUGGUUGCUAUUACUGUAUAAUUGUCACAUCAAUGUUGAAAUAUGUGGGAGCAUAAAAAGUGUCAAGUACUUAUAUAAGUAUAUCUACAAAGGUCCUGACAGAGUGGCACUUGAGCUGCAAUCAAACCUAGAGUUUGAUGAAAUUAGACAAUUUGUUGAUGCAAGGUGGGUCUGUGCACCAGAGGCUUUAUGGAGGAUCUUCAAAUUUGCAAUGAACAGAAUAUAUCCAACAGUAGAGCGAUUACAAAUACAUCUUCCCAACAUGCAACAGAUAACAUUCAAUGUUGAUGAAACAGUAGAGAAUAUUCUGGCAGAUGAGCACUCACAAAUGUCAAUGCUUACUGAGUUUUUCACCAUAAAUCGAAUGGAUGAGGAUGCAAGAGCAUAUUUGUAUCGAGAAAUUCCUGAACAUUACAGGUGGGAUAAUAGCAACAAAAUUUGGGUGAAAAGAAGGAGAAACUACAAGGUUAUUAGGCGAAUAUAUAGUGUCUCACCGUCUGAAGGUGAGAAAUUUUACCUGCGUGUCCUUCUUAAUCAUGUCAGAGGUCCAAGAUCAUUUCGUGAUUUACUUACUGUUAAUGGUGUUCUACUGUAA